AUGAAGCAUCGACCUCUAUCCCAACUUACAUGGUAUCAGAAGCUUAAGCACAUCGAUGGCACAGGAAAUCCAACUCAUGAGAUCGAGAAAGCGUGGAAAGAACGUGAUGGCCUAGUCAAGAUGUGGAUCUACGGUACACUCUCCGAGUCCCUUCUUGACACAGUCAUCACGGCCAAGUGUACUGCUCGCGAGCUGUGGAUCUCCAUCAAGAACCUGUUCCGCGAUAACAAAGAAGCUCGCUCUCUGCAAUUCGACCACAAAUUGUGCACUGCAACAAUAGGUGAUCAAACCAUUCAUGAAUAUUGCAAGAAACUGAAAAUCCUAUCAGAUCUUCUGGCAAACAUGGAAUCCCCUGUUACCUGCCCUGGUUAUUCAUCUCCUCAAUGGUCGCUCUGA